UCAGGUAAAAAAAAAAAAAAAGACAAAAAUCCUAACUUUCCUGCAUUGAGGAAAGGUUCCGUGAAUAAAUCUGUGCCGUUGCAAACUCACAAAUGAAGGGAAUUAUACGUGUCCCAGCAUAACGUUGAAGGAUUCAAUCUGGGUGGGUUCACCAGGUCCCAAUGAUCGAUCCAGGGUGGAUCCUGCAGCGUUGCAAACCCAGAUCUGCAUUGAAAAGCUUCCUUGGCUUUAAUACGCAUUAAAGUUCAAAGCCUUUAUUGUCCUUGUACAUCCUGUAUACAACGAAAUUGGUGGUUAUUAAAUUUUGAUGGCCUCAUAGUUUGUCUUCCGACUUUUUCCGGACAGAAUAUCAUCCGCCAAAGAUGUGGGACGACGUUGAGCUCCUGACGAGUGACGAUACGGGCAGCGGGCAGCUGAGCAUAUGUUCCAGGCAAGAAUGUGGAAGCGCGCUCUAUCAGAUGAACACGCUGGUGAAAAUAACCUCAUCCCAAAAGGUUUUAUCUAACCCGGAAUUAAACGCCUACAGUUUGAGUGAUGGCUGCGUGCUGGUGGCUGACAGGACAGUGGCGGUGCUUGACAAUAUUUGUCAGUCUCUUCAAAUGUUUAUUCAUUUUGAAACGGAAGUGGACAUUGUUGGCUUGUGUCAAGAAGGCCAGUUCCUUGUCGCGGGCGAAAGAAGUGGGAACUUGCACCUGAUUCAAGUAUCUUCAAAACAGACCCUGCUGACUAAGGCGUUAGUUCAAAGUUCUUUCGACAAAAAAGCCUUUUUGGAUCUCAUUCUAGAAAUGGACAGUUCCGUAGAAGGUAUCUAUCAUGCAUUUAUUCUGACCAGCAAGGGCUUUUUCUGUAUUAUGCAUCUUCCCCUUGCCGACAUUCAGAAAGCCAUUACCGAAAUGGACAUCAAUGCUGCCAAGAAGUUACAAAGUCAGGUGGAAACUUGCUUCAUUUCAGUCGAAGAUUAUCACAAUGCCGCCUGCUUUACUUCUGUGACGAAGGACACCGCGAACACCCUUGCGCUGAUAAUAGGGGGAGUCGGCAGCUGUGCAAUGUCGGUGUGGGAAGUGAAUCCUAAUAAAAAGACAGUUUCCAUCCAAAAUGUUGCUGAUUCGAGCCUGAUUCAAGCUGCAAAGAAGCUUCAAGUCGUGGAGAACUUGCUGUUCGUCUUAGACAACGAGGAUGUGCUGUCCUUGUGGGACCUCCACUCGCUGACUCUGGCUUGGGACUGCCCUUCCGUUCAUAUCGAAGAAUUUCUCUUGACCUCUGAAUCGGAUUUUUCGGCAGGAGGAGGACUGGGGACUGCCAAUCUUAAACUGGUUGCUCUGACAACACCUGACCAUGUGGAACAGAUGAAGAGCAUUGUGGUUUUUUCACUGCCGGCCAUGCACCAGCUGUAUGCUCUGGAAGUCACCCCGGUUUCCACACUGGUGCAGAGUGUCAUAAAUACGGACACAAUUUACUUCAUGGAGGGAAUGUAUGAAAACCACCAAAAAUCUUCAGCUGAGCCGGUCUCAUUUCUGCUAAUGAGAAGCUUGACGGAAGCCUUACCUGAGAACAGAUUAAGCCGUUUACUCCACAAGCAUAAGUUUGCCGAGGCUGAGAGUUUCGCUCUUCAAUUUGGAUUGGAAAUUGAGCUUGUCUACAAAGUAAAGGCAAACACCAUUUUGGAAGGUUUGGCUUCUGCUGGUAGUGAGGACCAGUCAGCCUGGCUAAAACUUGUACUUCAAGCGAAGGAAACCUUGAAUAAAAUAAAGGAUCACUCAUUUGUGGUGGAGUAUUGCAUGAACACUCCUUGGCCGACCUACGAAACAGCUCAAGAAAUGCUGAAUUAUGCUCGGAUGACGAUCCUAAAGAAAGAAGAUGGAUCUGUUACCCAUUUCACGAACGUGGAUCCUGCCUCACUCCUUACAGAGGUGCUGCGAACGCAAGCGAAACUGACGACCUUUUAUGGGGCUUUUGGGCCAGAGAAAUACAGUGGAACGGCGUGGUUAGAAUUUCUCAACAAUAAGAACGUCGUCAGCUACGUCCUUUCACAACUCAAAGGAGGGAGCCUCUCUUCCGCCCAGUAUCUCUGGUUAAGGCAUCAGGCAGAGUUGGAAAGAAGCUUCAGUCAGGAAAUGCUGGAUGAUUUGCUUGAGUCGAUCUCGGGGACGCUUCCUCUCCAACAGCUGGCUCUGUGGCUGAAGGAGGUGGUCCUUCCUUUCGUAAGGCGGGUUCUACCUCACGGACAGAAAAGAGUAGCAAAGUGGUUGGAAGAACGUGCUCGAAGCCUUGAACUGACUGACAAAGCCAACUGGCCAGAAAAUGGACUUGCGCUGGCACAGGUGUUUUUCACCAGCAAAGAUGUGGGUGAUAUUGGACUGGCGUCUUUCUCCCACUGGGAUUUUUUGAAGGACAGUGAAGAUAAGGAGAUCCACCACCUGAUGGAUCUGGUUGGCGCCUUGCAGAAUUUGGUAGAUCUGUACAGGAAAUAUAACUGUCGUCUGGCUCUCUGCGACUUUGAAAAGGAAACCGCAAACACAAUUGUGUUCCGUAUGCUUGACAAAAUCCUGGCAGCUGAACUCCUCCCUGCGGCUUUAGAGAAGUAUAUCGCACCGUACAUGUGUCACCAUCGUCUAGAAAAAGACGAAAUUCUCUUGCAGUACAUAAAGGACCUGCUGUUGUGCCACUGCACACAAUCGUCCUCCAUUUUCGACACCACAUGGGAAGCGAAAGCCAUAGCCGUCUUGGGUUGCAUGUCCAACUUAGAGUUGAUCUUCGAAGGGGUGCUGGCCGUAAUGCAUAGCGCCGUGGUUCCUUGGAGCCCGGGCGUGGAAGAUCUAGUUCAGCGGUACCUGGGCAUGGAGCAUGCCAGGGUGAAGCUGCUCGAGGAAGGUUACCGGCUGAUGGAGAUGAAGAAGCUUCUGCGGAGCUACGGCAUACGAGACACCAAUCUUUUGAACGAUAAGCAGAUGAUUCUGAUGCUGGCCAAGUACAUCCUUAAAGAGGACACGCCGUCUGCUUUGGGAGACGCCCUGAAAAUCAUAAAGGCAUACAUGUUGCCCACUGCCGAAGUCUACGUUUGGAAGAUUGCGGACCUCAUCGACAAAGAAAAGGGAGAAGAUGUCCUGGAUCUACUGAAGUCUCUGCCUCUGUCUGAAGCCGUGGAAAUUGCGGAGAGAACCUUGAUUUGGGGGAAAAUUGUAUUGGAGGAAGAAGUGGACACCGUUGAAGAAAAGAAAAUGCACCUGCAGGUGAAAAAGGCCUUGGUAGAAAUUCUCAAAUUCCUGCUUAAUCUCCAGAAAGAAAAUCAUUUGCAGAAAGAAGAGCGUGAGAAAGAGUUGGAAAUCUUUAGAAUUCUGGUAACUCUGCAGGAGAGUUUCGAGAUCUGCAUUUCGCUCAAGGAUUUCUGCGAUCCCUCACGGACGGCUCAGCUCCUCGAAGACCACAUCCGAGCCUACGAAAAAGCAAGGAGACGCAGAAACCGGCAGGGAGAAGGGGAGGCCAAGCCGGGAGAUCCCAGCGUGAAGAAAGAGUUGACUCAAAUGAGAUUGUACCGACUGGGGUUCCUCCUGCAAAAGUCAGAAGCUGAAAUGGGGGCACAGUUGGCUCUCCGAGCAUUAGACGAUGGGAAGGUUGAAGAGGCGCUGCAGAUAUGCAGUUACUUUUAUGAAUCCCACCAUAACGAAGAGGCGGGACGGCUGUUGUUCCUGGUGUCUCAAAAGCUUUGUCAUAUGUUGGGGUCCAAUAUUCCUAUGGUGUUGCCAGAAGGACAAGAUCUUCCAGAUACGAUCUACUGCAUGGCUUGUCAAGCUGCUACACUCUGCAGUCUGGAUCUUUUUCUAGAUAUCUUGGAGUUUUGUAAAUACACUUCAUUUGCCCGUGAAAUUUAUGCCAAAUGCCAAAUGGAAGAUUUUGGGUUUAUACCACAGGCAGGCUCUCUUGAUACCGAUAAAGACCCUUACGGAGACUGGACGUUUGAGGGUUUCUUUACUGAAGACGGGGCCGUUCUCGACACCCCCACCGUGCUACCUUUUGCGUACAAAAUUGUUUCCUCCCUUGUGCCUCUGGCAGAAUGGAAAGCUUCCCCUCCUUUGGGAUCUGCCAGCCUGGCGUAUUGUCCGCUCGAACAAGGAAGAAGCAGUUGCCGUUUGUGCAAGGACACAAUCUUCGCUCUGCUUAGCAGCCUCCAAGAAGGCAGCCAGUACGAGCUGGCUUUAGGGCUGAUCUCCUACUCUUUCGGCUCCCUCUUUCAGCACAUGAUCUCCAACAACAUGGAUGUCACGCUAAGUAAAAAGCUGCACGACCAGGAGAUGCUAGAGGAAGUGCGCGCGUUCUUCCUGGCAGUGAUGCAGAAUUCGACCUCGCUCAUCCAGGGCAUUGUGACGGCUUUGUUGCACAAGGUGUUCAACAGCCACUGUGUGGAUCAUCAGCUGGCCUUUGGCUACUGCACCCUCUUGCCCAGAGCUGUGGUAUUUGGAAAACUCUGGGACGUCGUCAACCAAACAUCCCAGAACUACAAGAAGAUCCUGGCUGUGGCUAUUGUGGGAACCCAACUAGCUCUUCACUAUGAAGACCCCCAGGAGAAAGAAGCUUUUGAGGACUUGGUCAUGGACGCCGAAUGGGGCAUCGCGCUCGGAAAACUUGGGAUCUCUUUCCAGAAUAUAUUCCGGAUGCCGUCGGUAAGGAAGAAGGAGCUUCUAAGGACCCUGGUUCAACACCCAAAUGCAGAUACCAGCCUCAUCCUGAACUUCUGCAGAACCUUCCACUUAGAUACGGACGCCGCCCUGCAGGUCUACAUUGAAACCCAGCUCCAGGAUGCCAGCUGGGAUAAAGGAGAAUUGGAGGUGGGGGCCGGGAAGGAGCCUCACGUCCUGGCGGUGGCCAGAGCGGUCAAGACCAUCCCGCUGCUUAGCAGUACCACAGGGUUGGUGACCAGCCUUAGCGCCAUGCUCCACAAGGUGGAUCCGUAUAACUAUGAAAUCAUCGAAAGCCUUUUGACGGUGAUCGAAAGAGCUGGAGGUCAAGCCACAGGCUUCCCACUGAACUGGGCCAACAUGCUCCUCAAACACUUGGCAUCCUACAAGAGACUCUCCCCUCCUGGUGAUCUGGAACAGCAAUUUCUCUUCGAUCAGGGGCUUCGCCUGUCCCCGUCUGCUCAAACCCGUCUGCCUUUCCAUCUGAUCUUCUUUAAAACUUCACAGUGCUUCUGGAAGAUCGUUUCUGCAGAAAUCAAUCAGGAAUCCUUCCCGAAGCUGCUUUUGAUAUGCAAAGUCAUGAAGGUUUCCUUGGAUAACCUCUAUGUCUCUGCCGUGAACCACAUUUUCCAAGAACAACUGAAGCCAAAGCUGUUAGCAGCAGCCACCAGUGGUCAGUUGUGGCCAGUGGACAAGAGAACAGAGGAGACCAUGCAGGCUGUCCAGUCUUACUUACUGUCGAUCACUAAGCCAGAAUGGGCCACAGCGCUAGCCCACCAGAUAGCUCAAGAGCUUCCGACAGGGCCCACCAAGGUCCAGACUUUGAAAAUAUGCCUCGGCUUAGCAGAAAAAUGGCUGAAGAAUUCAACAGUAACGGACGAGUCUCGCGAGAAGGUCCAGGUGCAUCUGAAGAAGCUGCAGGGGCAGCACAAGAAGGCGGCCACAGAAGCCGUUUUGGCAGCCCAGAAACUGAACUCGGAGGACCAUCAGAAGCUCCUCGGCAAACCCGCCAAUCUGACCAUUCUGCUUUAUCAGCACAGCAGCAUCGUGGAGAGAAUCCAAAACCCAACUGGGAGAGACUAUCCGGAUAUCCAUGCUGCUGCUAGAGAAAUAGCACAAAUCAACAACCUGGAUCUGAAGAAAAUCUGGGACACUUUGCUGGAGAGAUGGCUGUGUCCCAACGUCCUCCCGACAGGUGAGGCCUUUGAGGGUUCGGAAAAUGUUCAAGAGGAUGAAGACUUGAAGCGAAUCAUAUACCUUCUUCAGCUUUACCCAGCGGAUAAUCAGUUAAGGAUUCUUUACGAAUGCGCCGUUUCUGCAACCUCUCCCAUAGGGGUCAACCAGCUGACUUUCGCCCACCGGAGCCGAGCUCUACGGUGUCUUCUCUUCCUGGCGGAUCCUGCCGCCAUUGAAUCGCUCUUCAAAAAACCCAUGAAGAAAGUCAGGAACUUCAUGAAAUGCUUCAUUUACCUGGCCCAGCUGGAAGUCCUGAAUAUUCCUUAUACCUAUGAAUCCUUCCACAGGGCACUGAAGGAGGGAAUGAUUAAAGGGCUGUGGAAAAAUCACAGCCACGAACCCAAGGCAGUCAAACUGGUGGCUGAGCUUUCCUUGGAAUACAAAGUCCACGAUCCUGUGCUCUGGAACGGUUUGCUACAGAAGCUAAUGGGGUUCAAAAUGGUUCACUAUUUGAGGAAAGUUUUAGUGGAGAUCUCUGGCAUUUAUUCCUUAUGGACGAUCCCAAAUUACAGCCGAGCCUGGCAGAAUGUCAUUCUGGCCCCAAUUCUUUCUGCUUUAGGUCCACCCAAUCCCGAUCAACUAGAAGCCUUUUGCGGGAGUUUCAAGAUGCUUCUGAUGUGCCCCGUCUUGGCAGAUCUGGAUUUAACUGGGAUCGCGAAGCGAUACGCCCAGUUGGACCUGAUGGCUUUGGCUUUAGGAUGCCUGGUGCUGAUUCCUCAGCGGGAGAAAAGAGCCCAGCAGAUUCAGGCCUUUCUGUCCUCGUCCGAUCUGGAGCAGGUGCUGCAGCAGACAGGAGAACACCUGAGCCUGGGUGAAGCGGCCGGUGUGGCUUCACAGGUAAGGAGUUCCAUCCUGGACCACAUCCUCCACCAGGCCGAAAAGGACUUGGCAGAUGUCAGCUAUUUCCCGUUAUUAAAAUUACAAGACAGGCAUCCUGGGCAAGUGAAAGGCUUGGUGGAAAAACUUGUAGCUAAGAAUAGGAUGGAGGAUGCAGCGUCUCUAAUAACAGAAUAUCUUCAGACUCCCGAAACGUCUCUUCCGUCAAAACGGACGGCUUCCGAGGUGGUGAAGAUGUACUUCAGUGACCCGGCAGAAACUCUGUUGUAAAUUCCCCCAAAGAAGAUGGUAUUUCUUGAUAACCUUAUCUGGAUAUACAAAAUUUAAGAUUUUAGCCUCAAUUCUACUUGAGACUAAUGGGAUCAGUGUGUCAUUUCUCUGUGUACAUAUGCUAAUUUUAUCACAGGAAACAUGGUUUCCACAUUUCAUGGGUGCUUAUACAAAAUGUAUCUGAUAGCCCCUUAUACUAAUUACUGAAAGUUUUCAUAUAAUGAGAGAUGCAAAGAAUCUCCAUGUUUUAAUAAAUAAAUAUAAAUCAAUAAAUCUGUGAA